UCCAAGGAACCCCAUCCAAGAACAAAAAGGACUGCCAGAGCACUAGGCCUAGGCUUUAUUAAAAUGCAGCGGCUCUAAUCAAAUCUUGAUGUGGGUGUAGAAAAAGCCAUGGGGAUUUUUUAUGCCAAGGGUGGUGACCACAGGGUUGACAAGGAAAGUGGUACUUAGUUGAGAUCUAUGUGUGCAAAAGAACCUUUGACAGUUAGAGAAGAAUAUAUGUGAAUGGAGUUGUUCAGACAAAAUUUACCUUCCUCAUAUUAAUUGCACACAUACCUAUAGGAAUAAACUUGGCAUGUUACAAUUUUAUUCCUAUGGGGUAUGUGCGAAUGUUUGUCUCAAAUAACCAAAGUAUUGUGUUAGCGAAGCGUAAAAACCUGUUCCAUUCUAAGAUAUUUUCCCAUUCAAAGGUACAUGUACCUGUCAGUUCUAAGAGGUUUUAUUUAUUUAUUGCAUAUGAUCUUGUAAAUUGUCAAUGAAAUUAUGAUAUUAAUUGAAAUGUUCGAAAUACCUUAUUGAAAUAAAUACAAUUUACUUAACACUGUUACGUAAUAAUGAUAAAUGUUUUUGGGUGUUGGGAUGGUAACCAUGAGGGUUCUCAAAGGGAAAGCUAUAGUCAUUAAAUGCUACGUAAUCUACCAAUCAUGCCAUUUGGAAAAUCACAUAUUUAAGUCUAAUAGUUUUGCAUUUAAUGCUGGGCAAUACUAUUAGCAAUGAUUGUGCUGCUUCGCCUUUGGGCUACUCCACUCCCUGGAAUGUUACUGUGUAACACCUCAAAAUAAUCAUUUCUAAGUCAAAAUUUUUAAUUCCUAAAUGAUAUUGCUCCUACAAUACUUAUGAGAUUUCAAUGGUUUCAAAUACUACAGUAGUAAAAAAAAAAAAAUCAUCUUCAGUAACUUUUCAAAACAAAAAUGAAUUUGUUUUUUUACGUAAAAAUUUUCUUGACUUGGUGAAUCGUGAAUUGAAAUUCUGGAUAGCCGUACUUGUGCCUUUAGUUUGAAUUAGAAACUACAGGGCUUUUAGUUUAAAAUUUGGCCAGACACCAGAAUCAGUUUGGCGCUCAUGUUGCAUGUGUAAUGAUGAACAAGUGUUAAGAAUUUAUGUGGUUUAUUUAAAAGGUUGAAGAUAUUGGACAGAAAUCACUCCAGAUCUUAACUGUUAGACAUUUUGAUUGUUGGACAUUUUGAUAUGUGUAACAGCUAAAACAUGUACAUGUAAUCAAUUUUAAAUGCCUGUCCAACAUUUGACAUUAACUAACAAAAAGGGAUCACAACAAAAUUGUCCUCAGUUAAAAUACUAGUGUGGACCCGGAAAAACCAUCAGGAUUUUUCAAAUUGGGUUUGGAUGGUGGUAAGCCCAUAAUAUAAUUUGGUAAUGAAUAGGUGCAAAUGCCACUUUCUGGACAAAAUUCUCUUUGCUAGCGCAUUGAACAUUGUAAUCAUAGAAAUAAAAAAAUUAUUGAUGUUAUUCUCAAAAAUCAUCAAAGUAAAAUGUCCACAAGAAAUUGAAUGUUCCAUUCCAUUCCAAACACCAUCUUGGUAAGUGCUGGGGGAUUUUUGGUUUUGUAAUUCAGUUGUUAUCUUUAUAUCUUGAUGAAAAAUUCAUGAUGAAAUCUUUAAAAAAUAUGAUUUGAUUAUUAAUGACUUUUCAUACUAAAAUUAAAGGUCAAUGAAUCGCACAGACAGGACAGAGACAGAUAUGGUAGUGCCUAUGACAACAGAGGGCCCCCAGGUCCUGGACCAAAUGAGGACAACCGACCUGGUAAUGAUUCAAGAGACAUUAGGAGUCCAAUGAAUGAUCAACAGAAUCGCAUGGAGGAAAGCAGCGUUAUGAAAUCAAGAUCAAGUGGACAACCUCCACUAUUCCCAAGUUCCCUGUCAACAACACCUUCUGCAACACCCCCACAAGCAAGACCCCUGAAAUCUAUUUUGAAGAAGAAGCCUACUGCAUCUGAAUCUUCAAAUGAACCUCCAAAGCAAGAAGAAAGGUUCCAGGAAACACUUUCAGAGAGACAACCGGAAAGAGUGCAAGAAAGGUCUCAAGAAAGAUUACCAGAAAGGUCUCAAGAAAGAUUACCAGAAAGGUCUCAAGAAAUCCCCCAGAGAUACGACAGAAGCCAAGGUCCAGACAAAUUGCAUUUACCUGGAAUGUCCACUUAUAUGGAUGUUGAAGAUGAAGAAAAGUUCUUGUAUGGUGAUGAAGCAGGUACACGUCAUAGCAGGUCUUCUAGAGAUCGAAACACCUCCUCUGAUAGAAGAAACUCAAACGACCCAAGUGGAAUGUGGAUGCAUCCCAGUGAUCGAGGAAUGCCACAUCGUACUCAGAUGCAAGCCCAAAAUCAAAGCUAUGGUGAGAAAGUUCAAGGUGUUUUGGGUAUGAACACUCAAGGGGGUAUAACAGCCCUCAGUGAUGAAUCUAUGUCCACUAUUCAAGCUGCAUUAGCAUCUUUAAAGCAAACAUCUGUAGCCCAGCCCAGACAUCCUCAAGAAAUACAGUCAAGACCACCAGUAGAUGUCCUAUCAGCACUACCCAGAAUUUCAUCUGAUCUUUUAUCUGGAAUUGGUAAACUUCCUACAAGUCUUUUUUCUCCCACAGGGAAUUUGGCGUCUGACAGAACACCAUCUGAUCUGUUAUCAAGUCUUGGAAGACAAGGCAGUGAUUUGUUGUCCAGCCUCAGCAGACCCUCAAUAUCUGAACAAAGAAGUCAAUCAGGCAGAUCAUCCAUUGAUGUUCCACGUUCUACAAGUCAAAAUAUUGAUUUCAUGAACAGAUUGUCCAAACCAGAGCCUGAUCCUCCAGAAGAACCCAAAAAGGAUGAAACCACUAACACAAUUCAGAACAUCUUACAGUCCAUAGGUUUUGAUUUUGGAAUGUCCAAGAGAAUGCAAGAACUAGCAAAGGAAAAACAGGACAGAGAAAAUAAAACUAAAGAGAAAGAUAUAUGUAUAAAUCAGACAGCUUCAUUUUUAGGUGGAGGACUCUCAGAUGAAGACCUUACUGCUGGAUUAUUCAAGCGCAAGGAAUCUACAGUACGACCGAAAGUUGAAACAUCAGACAAGAAGAAGAGUGAUGAGCAUUCAGAUAGAAGAGGAAGUGGGCAAAAAAUAGAAAGUUUUAUAAGUUCUGAGAGAUCUAGUGUGAUUAGUGAAUCUCUUCCAUUACCUACGCCUGGUACAUAUCCUCCACACCCAGUUGGAGCUGAUCCUUAUGCUCAGUAUCUUGCACCACCAAACAUGAAUUAUCCACCACCGUCACUCCCCCAGCCAGGCUGCCCUGUAUAUCCUCCACCAUUUUAUGGCGGUGAUGUACCUCCUGCAAACAUGCCCUUUGAAAACCCUAAUAUAAUGGGCUUUACAGGAAGGCACCCUGAUGAUGAUUUUCUGUACAAUGAACGAUUAAGAUCAAGAAGUAGAUCAGCUUCACGAGAUAUGGGUAAUAGAAGGAUUUCAAGGGAAAGAAGUCCUGGAAGAAGGGAUUCAAGGGACAGCAGUCCCGGAAGAAGGGAUUCAUUUGAAAAAAGUUCCAGAAUAAGAGAUUCAUUUGAAAGAAAUGCUGGUAGACGGGAUUCAUUUGAAAGAAGUCCCAGAAGAAGAGAUUCAUUUGAAAGAAGUCCCAGAAGAAGAGAUUCAUUUGAAAGAAGUCCUAGAAGAAAAGAUUCAUUUGAAAGAAGUCCUAGAAGAAGAAGCUCUGUAGAUAGAGGUCAAAAGAGAAGAAGCUCAAGAAGUCCUAGGCGUAAGAAUUCCAGAGAAAGAAGUCCGAGAAGAAGAAGCUCAAAAAGUCCUAGAAGAAGGGGUUCAUCUCAGGAAAAAAGUAGCAGUAGUAGGAAAAGAAGCCCAAGAAGAAAUUCAAGAAGUCCUAAAAGAAAUUCAAGAAGUCCUAAAAGAAAUUCAAGAAGAGAUAGUUCAAGAGAUAGAAGAUCUUCUAGAGAAAGAAGUGUGAGGGAGGGAUCUGCAAGAGAAAUAACAUUAACUUCAAGAUUGGAUAAUUCACGAAGUUCACAUAGAAAUGGUUCUGUAACAAAAGAUCAAUGGGAUAAAGCAAAGUUAAUGGAUACUAGGGAAUCUUCAAGUAAACUGGAUGACCGAUUAAAUGAACCUAAAAUUCCAGAGGACUUCAAAAUCCAAAUAGGAGCAAAUCCAGACUCAAGAAGAGUUCUUACAACCUCCAAAAUUGUGGAAGAAUUCAGAGAACAAUCACCCGAACCAGCCAGAAUAGUUCUCAUGCCAAAAAUUGAUCACAUCCGCAAAAUUACAGUAGCACCGAUUGUAAAACCUGAAGAACCACCACCACCUGCAGAGAUACCGCCUCACAUAAAAGCAAGAUUAAAACAAGAUCAUGAAGAAAGACAAAAGAAAUUGGAGAUUCUAGAAAAGGAAAUGGAUAAAUUGAGGAAACAACAAAAUGAAAUCAUGAGAAAGCGCCAGAGACAGAAAGAUGGUCAUAAAGAUCCCUUGCUCACAGCAAACAGUAAACUGCAAGAAGAAAUAGCUGAACAGAUAAAAGCUCUCCGAAAGGCAAGCGAGGAACCAGUCGACUUGAGCAAAUUUGAAAAUGAAGAAGAUAGUAAACAAGAACCCCAGAAACAAGAGUCACCGAAAAGUUCUGUACGAUAUAAAUUCAAAGAUCCAGGUCAGCAUUGGUGUCGAUGUUGUAAUAUGGUCAUGAAUUACGCUGUUGAAUACUGUAAACAUUUAAAAAGCAAAACACAUUUGCAGAAAGCAGAUCCAUAUGACAGACCGUGGCACUUACAUAGUAUGACCAAGAAGCAGGAAUCAACAAAAGGACCCGUUCAGAAUUUACCCAUGACAGGAACUGAAUUUAUGAUGAGUGUUGAUGCAUUCUAUUGUUCACUGUGUAAUGAAUACAUGGGUGACGUGACGUCGGCAGAGGCUCAUCUCAAUGAACAUUCUCAUUUUCUAAAAUAUAAGGCUUACUUGAAGAAGAACCCAUUUUAUGAGAAGCGCUAUAUGUUGGAGAAGAAAGCGAAGUUGGCUAUGAUUAAAGAAGAGAAAGACAAAGCACACAAGAAGGAGAUGGAAAGCAGGAAAAAAUUAAACAAAGAAAAAGAUGCUAAAAUAAGAGAAAGAGAGAAAAAAUGGGAUAAGCCAGUAGCUGACCUUUCAGAUGAUCGCAAAACACCUGUAACCCCAAAAAGUGAAAUGUCAGAUAUCAAGUUGAAGUUGGCACAAGCUAGAGAGGAAGUUCAGCUGAGAUUAGCCCAAAAAAAGCGAGAGGAUGAACAAAAAUUGAAGGAAGAAGAAGAAGUGAAAAAUAAGGGUUUAUUUAAAUGGAAAAAAGAUGGAAAGGCUUUGGUGAAUAAACCAGCUACUUUGGGUCAAGAAGACGAUGAACCUGUUCCAGAAGAACCACCUGUUCCCACAAAAAAAUUAUUUUUACCAGAUGCCUCAGAAUCCCAUUUCCCCAUUCCGGGAGAAUCCAAGAAACCGAAGAUAUCGGUCAAGGCAAAUUAUCGUAAUAACAAAAACGAGAAAAAAGAGGUGAUUGCUAAAGAGGAGAAAGAAGAUAAGCGUACAAUCAUUCCAACAGUCAUUGGUCGUAAAACUAGAUCAAGUGGUAAAAAUACAGUUUUACCAUCAUGGACACCAGCAACAAGAAAAAUUCCUGGUCAGAAAGAUGUUCGUAAGAUGCCACCGCAACCCCAAUCUCAACAACAGUCAAAGUCAGAAGCCGAAAAUCCAGUUCCUCUUGAUCUGUUUCUUAGUGUUGGCAAUGAAACUAAUAAAAAAGCUUUGCCGGUUGUUCCUGAUGUUAGUUUACAAACCAUCCCUUUACCACCUUCAACGGAAAAACUUGUAUCUUCUGUGAAAACUGAAGAAGAUGCAAAAGAACGACCAGUUAUUACAGUGAAAACAGAGGAAGAGUCAAAGAAAGCUGAACAAGAUUCAUUGGAAAAGUCUGUUGUUAACAUCCAAACUCAGCAAGAUACAAAGGAUGCUCCUGUUAUUACUGUGAAAACUGAACAAGAAAUGAAAGAAGAACAAGAGGAUUUCAAGAUACUUGGUAUUGAUCCUGCAUCAACAACACCCUUGGUCACUCCAAAGCCACCACCGCCUGUAUCUCAGAAUUUGCAUUUGCCUUCAUCCAAGGAAGCCUUACAAAACAUGUCUGCAGCUACAGCUGAGAAAAUGUAUGGAAUAUAUUUUGAAAAUAAAGACUCUGAUAAUGUUACUAGUUCUGUUCCAACAAAACCUGUGAAUUCUCAAGAAGUUGCUUCGAAUGUUGUACCCUGUGAAACAACAGACGAUAAAAUGGAGGUUGAUGUUGCUAGUCAAAAUGUUUCUGGUGUUGCAGAAGGUGCUACUGCACCAUUGACUGAAACUCCCAAAGAAAAGGAUAGUCCAGUGAUAACUGAUACUACUUCUAAAACUACAGAAACAGUAGCAGUUUUAGAUUCUUCGGAUGCAAAAACUGACAAACAAGUGUCCGAAAAGCUAGAAGUUGCAGUUGCUGAACCAAUGGAGUGUUCACCAGUAGACCAGGCUCCAAGCACGUUACCUUUGGAUACUUUAGUGCCAGAAACAAAGACUUUGGAAACUGUUGAACCUGCAGAAAGUACCAACAUUGUAGAUUGUGGACCUGUAAAAUCUGUCCCUGUAAAAUCUGUCUCUGAAAAAUCUGUCCCUGUAAAAUCUGUCUCUGAAAAAUCUGUCCCUGUAAAAUCUGUCCCUGAAAAAACUUCAACAUCUCAAGACAGCGGAGCCAAGGAAAAUGAUUCACCAGAGUCUCAAAUCAGUUCUUUUUCUACCAAACAGGACACAAAAACACCUGAAGAAACAGAACCGAAGAUGGAGUCUGAGGUGAAAGAAACAAUAAUAGUUGCAGAAAGUUCAAAACAGGAAUGUCUAGUUUCUACUGAAAACGAGAAAAGUGAGCCAUUAAAAGAUGCAGUUGAGUUACCAGCACAAGAUUUGGUACAAGAUCAUCGUAUAACAAUAUCUAUAAAUGAAGAUCAUGAAAAUCCAGAAGAAAAUGUUGAUGGUCAGAAUGACCUGGAUGGUUUUACUGUUAUUGAUACUGCUGAGAUAGAUGACCAUAACACUGUUCCAGCAUUAAAAGAGAUGGAUUUAAGAAGAAACAGUGCUGAACAGAACAGCAGUGAUAGUAACCAAGCUAUCCCCUGCUUGGAUGACAUGAAUGUUAUAGAUUGUGCAGAUCCUGGACAGGACAGCAAUGAAAAUCAACCUAUUCCAGCACUGGAGGAGAUGACUGUAAUAGACUGUGCAGAUCAGGAACAUAACAGCAAUGACCAAAAAGAUUUAACAAUUGUAAACAUAGCUGAGAAUCCUUUGAUGGGUGCAGAAGAGGACAAUGGAAAUAAUGGACCAGAUCUCAUUUCAUCAUUGGCUGGUGUGAUGGAACCCAAAACGGCCCAGGAGGAAGAUGACAGUUCAAAUAGUACAAUUAUCAUGGAGAAUAUACCAGGAGAAGUAGCUGAUGUCAGCACGCUGAAUGAAGUAGCCAUAAAUGAAAGUAUUUCUGUUUCAGGGGGUGGUGGGGAAAUUGUAGCGUUAACUGUUUCAAUGAUUGAGAAUUUUUCAGAAGAAAGUGACAGCAAUAAAUGCUUUGAUCCAUGUUUAGCUGAUUCUAUCGCUGAUGAAACGGUUUCACUUGAUGAUGGUAUAACUGUUUUGGAAGCAUCGGCCUCAGAUACUAUUGAACCAGAGGACUCUAAUAUAUGUCCUGAUGAAUUCCAGGGUAUUUCCCUAGAAAUGCCUGUUGAUGGAGAGGAACUGGAUAUUAGUGAUGGGGAAAGUCUUGGUAGCAGUAUUGAAAUGGGAAGCGACUUUGAAGUAGUUGAUGAAUGUGAUGAAGAUCAAGAAGGGAAUGACAGCUGAAAAUGAAAGUAGAGACAAUAAACGUUACAAAUUACAUUAUAUUAGGUCACCAGAGAUGUACACAGAAUGGUUAAAACAAUUAUUAAAAGUUGGCGAUCAACAACUUCAGAAAAUGUCUGAUGAUACGUUUAGAGACUUCAUGAUCUCUUCCCAAAAUUGGAUGGUUGAUGUGACUGGACUACUAUUACUAUAUACAAAGUAUGGUUAUUAAAGAUUGUAAUAUUUAGUUGCAGCCCCCCUGAUUGUGUAUUUCCAGAAUGUGUAGCAGUAUCAUGCCAGAGUAAUAUUUCACCAAAAUCAAGUUGGAACCUAAUUCAGUCAACGGGUUACUCAAAAACAGUCCAUUAAUAUAAUUAUGCAAAAAUUCAGUAAAUGGUGAUGCUCUAUGUUUUUUCAUAAGCUGAGAACUUCAAUGAUAUUCUGUGGUCUUGGUGAUGCUGCUAAGGACAUCGGUUAUGAUACUAUGGUGGCUUAUGAGGUGCAUUGAUGACUGGUAUUGUGCCCGAAAUUGAAUACUUUAGUAAAAUUGUAGAAUGGAAAAUCGCAGAGAACAAUAUUUGUAAAUACUGUAUAUAUGUAUAUAUAUAUACAUUGGAUAAAAUCAAAUCCUAAUGUUUGUGACAAUAAAAUCAUGCUCAUGCUUAUUCCUUAGUCUGGGCUGCUAAUUUAGCCGAUUUUUUCAUUAGUAUUUUAUUUUUUUGCAAACGGAAGAGACUUUGAAGAACCUUUUUGAGUAGUAUGCAGUAUCAUUUAGUGGUGAACUGUCCGAUAUAGCCAGAUAUUUUUUCAAAAACUGAUAAUUCAAAUGAAAAUAUUGUCUAAAAACUAUCAAAUAGACAGUCCAAAACAUUUGAUAUUAUGAAUGGAUAAACAGACAAACUUAAACAGAUUGUAUCUUCUUAAAAAGACAGUUAAAAACUGUUUUAAUAAUGUUAACGAUUUGAUCAGAUAAAGUACACAUUAAAUGUACAUUAUGUGAUUGUGAAGGAUAAAUGCAUCCCUGAACAAUUGAUUGAAUUUGUAAAUACAGUGAAAUGAUCCCUAAUUUUUAUCUUUAUCCUUUAUGAUUUAGAUGAUAUGAUUUUAAUGCUUGACAUUGUUUAAUCUUGUGCAUGUUUAAUACAACCGAACCUUGAUUUACAGAACAGGCUAUAUGUGGUUCCAGGCUGUGGGCCUGGAUACUGACAGCUAAAAGAUGUACAGUGUUCAACCAGUAGUCAGUAAUUAGGCAAAGAAAUUUUCUAAAUGGGAAUUUAUAUACAUGUACUAAUCAUGAAUCCUCCUUCUGGUCCCAAGUCUAUAAAGCAGUUUUUGCUUUACUCAUUUUACUCAAUCGAUAGAUAUUCCUUCGAGAAUGCUAUGCUAGGUUAUUGGUGGAGUUCCAAAUUCCAUGUGGUUUAUUAAACCAGAGCAUUUAUGAUAAUUCCUAUUCAGGUCCGAGUUCCAAAUUCCAAGUGCAGAUAUAAAAAAAAACAAGUGUUCUAGUCCCCAAACAGGAUCUGCAAGGCAAUCAUAGUUUAUAUAUUCAUAGCUUUUGUAUUGUUAUCAGUUUUUGUUAUUGUUAGUUGUGCUCUGUAUAUAUUAAAAUAAAAUAAAGAGAAGCAGA